AGAUACAACACCAUGACCAAAGAGAGAGACCAUCUUCAGACCAGUUACAACACCCUGACCGAAGAGAGAGAACAACUAAAGAAAGAGACAGAACGUCUGAAACAAUCUUUGGUUGAGAAAGAGUGUCCGCAAGGAUGGAAGAAGCUUGGUAGCCGUUGUUACUACAUCUCUACUAAGAAGAACACCUGGGAGAAGAGCAGACAGGACUGCAGAGAUAACGGAGCAGACCUGGUGAUCAUCAACAGCCAAGACAAACAGACAUUUGUCAUUUGGUUAUGUGGAGUAAAGGACUAUGUCUGGAUUGGUCUGACUGACUCUGUUACUGAGGGGACCUGGAAAUGGGUGGACGACACACCACUGACCACAACAUAUUGGAACAGUAGAGAGCCUAAUGGUGGUGUAGCUGAGAACUGUGCAUAUUUCUACUCCUGGUCAUCAGACACAGGAGCAUGGUGGGACUCUGGCUGUUCCGAUCAAUACAGAUGGAUCUGUGAGAAAUAGGAUUCUCUGUACUGCUAGAGACCAUUUCAGACAUAUGUUUUAAAUCCUUAAACCCAGACUUGGACCAAACAAAAUAGCGAGUGAUGUGCAACGCUUGCAGUUAACCAUUGAUUCCUUCCAAACCACUCAUUGUUGAAUUUGUCAUUUCCGACUUGUUGUGU